AUGUCUGACGCUGAAGAAGGCUCCACCAAUCCGCGGCGAUGGAAGUUCCAGUUCUUCGUCCGCAUGGUGUGGCCGGAGCGCAACUUGGUGAUGACCGCUUACCCGGAAGAGACGGUAAAAUCGGUCCUUGCGCAGAUCGCGUGGGUGACGGGAAUGCCACUGAAGGAACUGAGAGUGAUAUACAACGGAAAACAACUUCAAUUGGAGAAGACUCUGGAAGAGUGCGGAAUCGAGAACGAUUGCAAUCUCAACAUCGUUGGUCGCUUGCGCAGCGGAUUGUACCCCGCGGCGUCGCACACUAUCGACUGCGUGCUCUCCCUGCUCGGCCAAGUGUGGACCUGCAACACGCAGCGCUCAUGCGAGGCCUUGAACACCUUGACGGGUCUUAUCACGCGCUAUUUCAACCUUCCUGGUUUCGUUGAGCUUUUCGCGGCCUCUAAUGCCCCCGCGAUGCUUGUCGCGGUCUACAACAAGCCUUGUGGUGCGCGUACCGGGAAACUCGCCGAGUCUUGCAUAACCUAUUUCCUGAGUUGUGCGCGCGCGAAGAACUCGCAGAGUGUUUCCAGUGGCGCGGUGAUGGAGUUUUGCAAGCAGCUUAGAAAGAUUGGGCGUGGACGCGAUGACCAUUUGUACGUUUCGUGUAGAAACACUUUGGGGCAUUUGUUGGAGACAAUUGGGGUUUCCUAUGGUUCUGGGAGUGUGAAAAAGAGGGUUUCGCUUCACGAUGUUUUCUCCUUUGUUCCUGAGCUUGCGGAUAGGUUGUUAAUGGGUUUGGAUAAUAGUAAGCAGUGUAGAAACAUCACAAGGCCUUCCCUGGGAGAUGUUUUGGAUUUUAAAACAUUUUUGGCCCCUUUGAGGAAUCAAAUUAUUCUGCAGCAGCAAUUGUUGAGGGGUUUUGUGAGUGGGGAUGGAAACUGUAGCGUGGAGAAGGAUGAUGACCAAUUGCUUGCGGAAGAAGUCGAUUAUCUUCGGCUUGUGUUUCUUCGGUUGUUAAGCACAAUGGAUGAAUGCUUUAACUGCAUGGCGGAAUGCAUGGUGGACAAGGAACCUGGUGGGAAGGGUUUUGUUCUCUAUCCAUCAUGGUCUAUGUAUCUUCGUAUUUUGAAGGAGUUGUAUGAUACUUCUAAGGUCUUUGAUGGUGCAGAGGAAAUGUUUUGGACAAUUUUGAGGUUACAUAAGAAUAUGCUGUCUGCGCUUGUUGUUGGGUUUGUGAGGAUAGGAGAUGAGCAUCGGUGGAUUCUUGAUAACAGGAGUGUGACCACUUUUGAGUGUAGGAGGCAUUUGGCGAUGGUGCUGUUCCCCAUUGAAAGAGAAGACUUUGACAUGUUUCAUGAGAUGCUUAUUGACAGGUCUCAGGUACUGGCGGAGUCUUUUGAGUACAUAGGAGGGGCGAAGCCUGAGUCUCUGCGUUCUGGUCUGUUUAUGGAAUUCAAAAAUGAGGAAGCUACAGGACCGGGUGUGUUGCGGGAGUGGUUUGUUUUGGUGUGUCGUGGAAUAUUUGAUUCACGACAUGCUCUUUUUGUGGCUUGCCCGAAUGACUGCAGGAGAUUUUAUCCGAAUCCUGCAUCUAAGGUACAUCCUCGGCACCUUGAGUACUUUAGGUUUGCUGGUCGGGUAAUUGCAUUGGCUUUGUCCAAAAAGGUGCAAGUUGGUAUCGUCUUUGAUCGUGUAUUUUUCAUGCAAUUGGCUGGAAUUCAUGUUACCUUAGAAGAUAUACGGGAUGCAGAUCCAUACUUGUAUAGAAGCUGCAAGCAAAUAUUGGAGAUGGAUGCCAAUUUCAUUGAUUCAGAUGCAUUAGGACUGACAUUUGUUAGAGAGGUGGAAGAAUUAGGAUGCAGGAAAGUAGUUGAGCUUUGUCCUGGUGGGAAAAGCCUUGUAAUGAAUAGUCAUAACAGGGAGCAUUAUGUUGAUCUUCUUAUACAGCAUUGUUUUGUCAAAUCCAUAUCUGAGCAGGUAUCAAAUUUUGCCAAGGGUUUUGCUGAUAUUCUUUCCAGCUCAAAGGUUCAAGAGUUCUUCCAACGUUUAGAGCUUGAAGAUCUUGAUUGGAUGCUGCAUGGGAGUGAUAAUACAAUCUCUAUUGAAGAUUGGAAGGCACAUACCAAGUACCAGGGCUAUGAAGAGUCUGAUUGUGAGAUAUCAUGGUUUUGGGAGAUUGUUGGGAGAAUGUCAGCGCAACAAAGGAGGGUUCUGAUUUUCUUUUGGACAUCUGUGAAAUAUUUACCAGUUGAAGGAUUCCGUGGUUUGCCUUCCCCUCUAUUCAUUUGCAGGACUACGGAACCAAGCAAUCGCCUGCCCUCAUCUCACACAUGUUUUUACCAGCUGUGUUUCCCCCAGUAUUCAUCUAUGGCUGUCAUGCAUGAUCGAUUUGGAGUCAUCACUCAAGAACACAUUGCUUGUAGUUUUGGUACUAGUUAA